CCGGCUUGUUCCUGCCAUGCUCGUGCUCUCUCUGCUCUUACUGUCUUGUGUCUUCUGCACCUCAACCAUCAACGACGACGGCGUCAUCUCACAGAGCGACUUUGGCGUCUCAUCUGCUUUCUAUAAGCUCGUGAUCGAUGCCUCAGCAGGUUGCGGCGACAAGCGGCAACAAGCCGGCCCAACCUACUUCAAAGGAAGCUUUGGCGUCAACCUAUUGGCGAAGGACCUCCGCAAGAUCAACCAUGUCGUCUUUGACUCUGUGAACACGUACGGCUUCGAAUGGAUCAGUCAAAACUAUGCCAUUGGCAAGAUCAAGUCCGGCACAUUCUUCUUCUUUAUCACGAGCGACGAUGUGUCAUUUUGGCCAGCAGAAGCGCAACGUUGCUGUCGAGCGACCGCGCGUUUCACGGUCACAUUGGGCAUGCAAACAUCGUCAUUUGAAGUUGUGGACGCAAGCGCAACUCUCACUUGUGGUGGCCUGUCGGUCUCUCGUGGAUGUUCUUAUGUCGCAACGGAACAUAGCUGCGCAAAACCAUUUGGCACUGUCAAGACUACGCCUGCCGCUCCUGAGGAUGUGCCCGCUGUUCAAGCAUACGGACUCAACUAUGCUAUAUCUGGCAUGUGUCCUAUGCCAUACUACAUGGACAUCAGGCAUCAGGUCUUGCGCAGUACCUAUAGACCGCUCUUGUCGACCAUUGCCGUCGUCACACGUCGUGCGCCUCAUCGUUUUGAUCCUUUCGCGCUGCUUCUGCUCGGAGCUCCACGAAUAGCAAUCGACAUCGUCACUAGCGAUCGCACGGAAGAAUCGGUCAGCCUCAAACUUCUCUUCGGUGGACCGGGAUCGUCUCAACCAUGGCCGGAACGCGAACGUCAAUGCUGUUCCACAAUCUCAGAGAUCGAGCUGCGUCUAUGGACAUUUCGAUACGGCUCUGUCUGGAGAAAUGUGGAAGGUCGCGGUGACAUGUAUGCAACCUGCAUUCCUAAUCAUGUCGAGGGCUACGCAAAUCAGUGCAAAGGGCAAUACUACGAAUAUCCUUAUAUCUGGAUGUGUCAGACUUCGAGUCGAUUGGUUUAUGUGAUCGAGCCACCGUCGCCCACCGCUACUGCUCAAACAUAG